AUGGAAUCCCUCCACCGAGUCUACCUCUUUCUCGCAUUCUUCCUCUCGGCCACAAUGGCUAUCCCUCAACAAACUGCCUCGAUCACUAUGACUGCAGCUCCAGCGGUGAUCACCCAAGGCCCCGAGCUCAGAUGCGCCCAGGGCCAAAUCGCCGUCUACACGACAGACUGUACAUUGGGGACCCCAGUGUCAUAUUGUUUCAGCCAGGAGCCUCCAAUUGAGUGCGCACAGGGAUUCUUCCCGUCAGUUUGGCAUCCAGAUCAUUGUAUGGAGCAAUCGAGCUGUUUCCCGCUCAGCGAACCGUGGAUUACCACCUCAUGCUCGAAUGGGGCUAUUCCGUAUUCGACAUCGACCAUAUACCAGGGCACCUUGGUGGGGGGCAAAUCGACUGUGAUCAGGGCUGUCUCCUGCUCCUGUGCUGCAUACCAAUGGUACAGCAUGACCCUACUACCAGGCUCGUCGAACUAUGAUACCUUCUGUAUGCCAUACAGUUCCUGUCCACGGGGUAUGACGACCUCCAUCUCGGUUAAUGAGUACUGCGCCACUCAGUCGGGCGUUUGUUCGGAUAUCCCUUUGGAAACUGAGUUUUGUAAAUGUGCCAAUGCGGCGCAGACUCCGGUCUAUCCUGACUGGCCUGGUGCUAAUCCAACUGGAUGUGAGUUUUGA